GUUAGCUUCGCUUGAGGUAGCUAUCUAUGGGAUUUUACUUAUGUUGACCUUGAGGAUACGUGGAAUAAGAUACAUCAUUAUUUAUCACUUCCUGAGCGUGGUCAAACUUUAAAGUAUUCCGUCUCAGGAUUUACUGCUCCAAUUAGGAUAUGGAUAUAUGAGAUGAUUCCGGCUGUUCGUGCAUGUGGAUUUGCAUUGAGAAAAAAUAAAGACUUGCCUCGGAUGAAAAGAUGGAGCGGAACAAAAAAAUUGAAAUGGGUUGACGUGAACAAGAUUUGGUCAAAGAUGCAGGAGGGGCUACCACCAAGACAAAACAUGUUACCGGGUGAUGGUGAGAUGACAUCUUUUUAUUAUAUGUCAUUUCAAGAGUAUGUAUAUGGUGAAGGGAAAGCAGUUCCAUCCCCAGUACGGGACCAUUUUAGGAGACAAGACGAAUCUUCGUCUAGUAUGUCGUCCAGUGGUCGCUCUCAUGGUAGAGGUCGGGGCAGUGGGAAACACAAGCUAGACGAGUUGUUGAAACGGGUACAUGCACUGGAGCAGCAUGUGUUUAUGAAUCAACAAAAACCUACAGAGGUUUUUGUUGAAGAAGUGAAUAAUGACCAAUUUUGGAACGACAUUUUUUUUGAGGACCCGACAGUGUCACAAAGAAAUUAUGAUGAACAGGUUGUGCAAGAUGAAGUGAUGAAUAAAAACAAUACAACUCAAAAUGUUUUUGGUGAUACUCAAGACGACAAGGUGUUGGAGGAGAGUAAUCAGUAUGCGGGGAACAAAUUUGAUGAUGAUGUGUUUGAUGUAAACGAUUAUAGUGAAGUUAAAGAGGUUAUUAUAGUUACAUUAAUAUUAUAUUAAUAUUUUGUUUAUUUAGAUAUUAUUGCUUAUUAAA